AAGCACUUUGGUGUCCACAGCCAAGCCGCUUGUGAUGAAACUGUAACUUACAAGAAAAGGGCUGGGUUUUGAAAAUAACACAGGCUCUAAAAACCCUAGAAGCGGUGCAACUUUUGGCAGGAAUCGGGGUUAGCGGGACCUCAAGGGCUCACUGCGGCUAAGUGAACGCUGACUGGUCCUCCACUGUGAGCUAGAAUAGACGUCUCUAUGGUCAAGUAAACAGAGCGUGUGCUGUCUUCCCCAUGUGGUGGGGUUGCGCAUGAUCAGUAGCUGCACCACUAGAAAGAUGGCGGAGCAAGAGCAAAGAAAAAUCCCUUUGGUUCCAGAAAAUCUCCUGAAAAAGAGGAAGGCUUAUCAAGCCCUCAAAGCCACCCAGGCAAAGCAGGCACUUUUGGCAAAGAAGGAGCAGAAGAAAGGAAAAGGGCUCAGGUUUAAGCGACUGGAAUCAUUCCUACAUGAUUCCUGGCGGCAGAAACGUGACAAGGUGCGUCUCAGACGACUAGAAGUGAAACCUCAUGCCUUGGAAUUGCCAGAUAAACAUUCCUUGGCCUUUGUUGUACGCAUCGAAAGGAACUUCAACCUGAGACCUGAAAGAUGUGAAAGGCGUUCACCAGUGUUGGGAGACUUUCCAGGCAUACGUGCUGAAGUCCUGAGGAUUGAUGGCGUGAGCUUACUGGUGCAGAGAACCAUUGCAAGACUUCGCCUAAAGAAAAUUUUCAGUGGUGUCUUUGUAAAAGUCACCCCCCAGAAUCUAAAAAUGCUGCGUAUAGUGGAACCUUAUGUGACCUGGGGAUUUCCAAAUCUGAAGUCUGUCCGAGAACUCAUUUUGAAACGUGGACAAGCCAAGGUCAAGAAUAAGACCAUUCCUCUGACAGACAACACAGUGAUUGAGGAGCACCUGGGGAAGUUUGGCGUCAUUUGCUUGGAAGACCUCAUUCAUGAAAUUGCCUUCCCAGGGAAGCAUUUCCAGGAGAUCUCAUGGUUCUUGCGCCCUUUCCACCUCUCAGUGGCCCGUCAUGCUACCAAAAAUAGAGUGGGCUUCCUCAAGGAGAUGGGCACACCUGGCUAUCGGGGUGAACGCAUCAAUCAGCUCAUCCGUCAGCUGAACUAGACCCAGGUGAGGCAGGGCUGAAAACUGCCCUUGGGUUGACUUUUGAUAGGCCAUGCCUUGCCACUUUACAAGUUCUUUUUGCAUUUACUAGUAUUUAAGAGUAACCUUGAGAUUGGGAGGAAAGAGGAGGCUGGUACAAAUAGAUGGAGACCUGCUGGGAUCAGUGAAUGCCUGAUUAGGACAUGGGGCUAUGCAUAGCCUAAGAGUUAUAGGCUUAAAGAUGUCGAGUAACUAAAAACUGUAUUGCUGGCCGGGCGCGGUGGCUCACGCCUGUAAUCCGAGCACUUUGGGAGGCCAAGGCGGGCAGACCAUGAGAUCAGGAGAUUGAGACCAUCCUGGCCAACAUGGUGAAACCCUGUCUCUACUAAAAAUACAAAAAUGAGCUGGGUGUGGUGGCGCGUGCCUGUAGUCCCAGCUACUCGAGAGGCUAAGGCAGGAAAAUCGCUUGAACCCUGGAGGCAGAGAUUGCAGUGAGCCAAGAUUGCGCCAGUGCACUCCAGCUGGGCGACAGAGCGAGACUCCAUCUCGAAAAAAAAAAAAAAAAACUAUUGCUGCAGUCAUUCAGAUGGAAAUGGGGAAAGAAUAAUAUUAAUAACUGAUUUCAAAAAGGACUUGAAGAUGUGAAUCAUGUAUUUUGCUGAAGAAAUCUUAACUCUUUGAAAUUACUUUUUAUUGCUGUUGUUAUACUCUUAGGUGCCAAACUGCGGUAAAUUUUUUAUCAGUGAAGUGGAAGCAUGUGUUUUGUUGUUUUGGGAAUUUUUAUCAAGUAUCUUCAGAGAAGAUUAUUUCCUGCUUUAUCUUCAAAAACUGGAAAGGAAGGGUCAAAGAAAAGACAGUAGCUGGUCGGUCGUGGUGGCUCAUGCCUGUAAUCCCAACACUUUGGGAGGCUGAGGCGGGCAGAUCACCUGAGGUUGGGAGUUCGAGACCAGCCUGACCAACAUGGAGAAAUGCCGUCUCUUCUAAAAAUACAAAAAUUAGCCGGGCAUGGUGGCACGUGCCUGUAAUCCCAGCUACUCAGGAGGCUGAGGCAGGAGAAUCGCUUGAACCUGGGAGGUGGAAGUUGCAGUGAGCUGAGAUCACGCCAUUGCACUCCAGCCUGGGCAACAAGCGAAACUCUGUCUCAAAAAAAAGAAAAGACAGUAGCUUAUGUUCAUGUCAAGCACCUCUCAUCACAGUCUAGUUCCAAGGAAGAAUUCCAGCGUUUUCUACAUUGGGUGCUGCGUCAUCUGAAAUCGGCACAUUCCAUGGAGGAAGGAGUCCUGCUUUGUUGAAUGUAUCCUAGGGUUUAAUGUUGGUAAAUGAGUCACUCUAGCAUUUGUAGAAGGCUCCCUGAGACUCCUGCAGCAGUCAACCAAGCCCAAGGACAUAGUUGAAUCUGGAGAGUCCUGGGGCCUUGUUUUGAAAAAGACUUGAAAUGCACAUAGGAAGAAAGGCAUAAAAAUAAAUGUUCACUUGUCUCUGCUGUGA